AUGAAACACCCGUUUCAACUAUUAAUUUUGCUAUGUGGAUUCGAGGUUAUUAUUGGAUCUGUUUUCAGAAUCAAAAGACAGAUAGCUGUGAAUACUAAUGCGGAUACAAAUGGAGUUGGUGACUUGGUAGAUACCGAUGCUUCAGCACAUCAUUAUAAAAACGUUGAUGGAGUUGUUGGAAUGAAUGUGACUUCCAAUGGCCAUUCAAAGGCUAAUGGAUCAUCUUCUGUUAUAAACUCUGUUGAUGGAUCAGUUGGAAGUCAAUCGGUCAGUGGCCAAAAUAACAUUAAAUCUAUUGGAGAUGAAUCAAACUCAUUUUCCGAUAUAUUCGCAGCUGUAGAAGGUGAACAAAAAACAUUGCAAAGUAUGCACGAGGGAAAAGCUAGCGGGAAAGGAGAAACGUUUUUAAAUGUGAAUGGAGGUGGUUCAAUUAAUUCACAUGGUGAAACCAAAAAUCUAUUCAAAACUGGAAAAAUUGGAGCAACUGGCUCACUUGGAUCACAAUCACAAUUAAUGUCAAGCGAAACGCUAACAUGGGAUUCAUUGAUGACGAAAUUGGCUGCCGCUGCAGUUGCAGAGGGUUCUGGAAAUGCUCAAGCAAACCUGGAUUUAGUACAAGGAACUGAUGACAACAAUUUGAUGAUAAGCGGGUUAGUUUCGGGAAAUAAUGUGAAUGGAGGAAUUGUAAACGCCCAAGUGAAUGGCAAUGGAAAUGUUGAUGGUGAGCAACAUGAUAUAAGCUCAAAUAUGAAUGGAGAAAUCGUUGGAAAACUGAAUUCAACUUUGAUAGCCGCUUCGGAUGUGAAGAGUAAUAAUACAAGUGCUGAAGGUAAGGUGAAAGCAUUUGCCAAUAUCAAUUCCUAUUCCGACAAAAACAGCUCAAUUAAUCUCGAUUCGGAAACCGGAGUUGAGGGUGGAAAUGGGAACGGACAUAUUGUUGCAAAGGGUUCAGCGGAAGGUGCAGAGAAUGACCUAUUGAUUAACAACGGCCUAAAAAUUGGGGACCAGCAUAGACAAUCUGUUGCAAUCGGAAGUGGUCAAGUUCAUGGAUCAGGUAGCGAUCAAUCUUCGAAUGCUAAACAGACGGUGGAUACAAGCUACUCAGAGAACGGAGAAAUGAAUGUUUUGUCAAAAGGAGAAGGCCUUUCAAAAUCAAAUGACGGAAAGAAUUCUUCAUUGAUUUUAAACGUUUCUGGAAAUAUUAUGAAUCAGCCAGAUCUAAUCAAUAAUUCAACAUUUUGUUUGCAGGCUUUUGGUGGUGGAAAAGGUCCUUCAGCUGCAGAGACCAAUGCUGAGCUCACAUUUGGUUCACAUUCAAUAUCGAAUAAUGGAACCGUAUAUGGACGAGUAGAAGCGUUCGGCGAUAAUACAAAAGUGGAAAGUCAUUCGAGUAUAACAGAAAAUGGAGAAGCUCAUAUUUUAAGCAACUUCCAACGUGCAUCCUCGUCAUCAGCUGGGUCUUCGAGUGCCUCAGCAUCAAACUCGGGACAUUUGUACAAAAAGAAAAGAUAA